AUGAUCGAAGAUGUUGUUCAGCUGGAGGAAAACCAAGUUCUUAUGCGCUCCGAUGCAGGGUUUGGCUUCGAGCUACUGGGCCCUGAGGUGGCGCGCCAUUGCGAGCCAGGCCGGGACGUUGGUUUGGAUGAUGCCGAGCAAGCGGACCACGCAGCCUGCCACGGUGACGAUCCUCAUGGCAGUGCUGAGACCGUUGACACGGAGUGCUUUGAGACCGCGGCUGGGCCCGCGAUGGCCAUCGAGAACUGGGAGGUGAUAGGCCUGGGUGGUGGCGGCGAUCGCGGCUCGUCGCCAGGCAACACAGAUGGGCACCUCCUCAAGCUAGAGUGGGGUACUGGCAUCUACGUGUGUGACGUGAAGGAUGCCUACCUCAACGUGGAGCAGCCUGAGGAUGAGCCGGUGGUGGUGCUCAUCGACGGCAAGUUCUGGGAACUUGGGCGUGUGCUGCCUGGACAGAGUCGUGGUGCACAACAGACCGACCUCAGCGAGUGUCACAUGGAAGGGUGCACCAUGAUGACUGGCGACGACACCAACAAGGUGAUCACCACCCUGGAGGGCAAGUACGUGAUGAAGGAAGACCGCUCCAUUACGGUGCGGCCCGACGCCCGGUUCUACACUGACCUCUUCGAGAUGUUGGGCCAACCGCGGGCCCGAAGCACUCCUGGACCAGGUGGCGGCGACAGCCUCUUCCACGUCAACUCCUCCCCGGCCCUCAGCUUCAACGAUGGCAAGCUCUUUCGUGGUGAUACAGUACCUUGCGGGAAAAUCAAGCAGCCCGACGGAACAUGCUAUGAAACCCUGCGCCACCUGGCCGGCUACCUCCACAGCACCCGCGACUACGGCGUGAACGUCAAGAACUACCCUGGGAAAUCCAUUUUGUGCCGAGACCACAUGGACUACCACAGCUCCAGCCCAGCGCUGGGGGAGGCCGUCAGCGACAGCAACUUCGCAAACGACCGGGAGACCCGCCAAAGCCUGUCUUCUGGGCAAGUCUACCUCAACAGCACCUUGGUCUACAGCUUCGUGAGAAAUCAGAAAGUGGUCACCCUCUCCAGCGGCGAGGCGGAACUUGAUUCAUUGACGCAAGUGGUGUCGGAGGCCGUGCUCAUCAAGAAGGCGUGGGCCUUCAUCACCGACGGCCCCAUGGAGAUGAUCGCCCGAACGGAUUCGAGCGUUGCCCGUGCAAUUGCACAGCGGGCCGGUGUGGGCCGUGUCCGGCAUUUGCUGACGUCUCGUCUUUGGAUACAAAUGUGGACGGCCAACAAGGAACUUAAGGUCCUCGCCAUCCCCACCGACAUCAACCUGGCAGACGCUGGCACAAAAGUGCUCACAGGAGCACGCCUCAGGAAGCUUUGUGGGAUCAUGGGCAUGGUGGAUGGCAGCGGCAAGCCAUUUCGUGAUGAUGGCAAGGCCUCGGUCCCAAAGGGUGCCAAAGCGACCAAGCUGCUGAUGAUGGUGCAGGCUUUGCUGGCGACGCAGCUUGAAGGCUGCGACCCGGGCAACAACAACGACGGCGGCGGCAACUUCCUGGACUACCUCAUCGAGACCAUCUACUUCAUUGGCUAUAGCUUCUCCUUGGUUGGCGGCGGCUACCUGUACAUGCUGUUCGGCAUUGUGAUGGUGACGGUUGUCUUCUACAUGCUGUUUGGGGUCGAGGGGGCGUUUCCAGCAAGCGACAACAACGAGCAGGCCACCAACAACGAGGACGCCACCGACAACGAGGACAACACCAACGACGAGCAGACUGCCGACAACGAGGACACCGCCGACAACGAGGACACCGCCGAGGGCGAGUUUGGCACAGCUUUUGGAGACGACCUCCUGCCUACACUGGGACGACGAGCGACUCAGGAAGAAGGCUUUCCGACGGCACCUGCUGGGAACACUUUGUGGUCCACGACUCCCGCGGCUUCCUCUUCUACGGCAAGUUCUUCGAGCACACCUGCGGCGCCUACGGCACGUGCUUCUUCUUCUUCUCAACGAGCCCAAUUACCACUGCGCAAGUGGCCCCUGCACCACGCCCGGUGCCAGUGGCCAUUCCGGCACGUGAACCACAGCGUGAAGGGCGCCGAGCACUCACUGAAGUGGAGCUGGGCGCUGUGUGGCUUGCGAGCCACAGAGGGUAUGCUUUUCAUCGGCGCACCUGCCGAAACUACACAGAGGGUCAGCAAGGACCUUCCGCUCGAUGCCAGUGAGGGAGGCCCUUCGUCUGGAAAGCAGCCCUGCCAUUGCUGCUACUUCGACGUUUACAGGGUCAUGCAUGGAGCGUGA